CAGGCCAGAGGUCCCUGGGCACAACUCCGGGGGAGCGGCGGCCUGCGUCACGAGAGGACCGCCCCUUCCAAGGCUCGGGGCGCGGCGCUCUCUGAGGUCUUGGCAGUGGUGGUGGCUGGAGGAUUUCCGCGGUUGUGUAACGCCGUCCCGCGCGCGCGGCCCUGGUACUGGAGGAGCCUGGGCUCAGCAUCCUGCAUCCCAGGGGGUGCCUGGCCAUGGCCGGGCGCGGCGGGACCCGCGGUGCGCCCGCGCUGUCGGCGCACACGCUCCUCUUCGACCUGCCGCCGGUGCUGCUGAGCCAGCUGUGCGGGGUCCUGGACAGCUGCGACGGCGAGCUGGGCUGGCGCGGCCUGGCGGAGCGACUUUCAGACAGCUGGUUAGAUGUUCGUCAUAUUGAAAAAUAUGUAGACCAAGGUAAAAGUGGAUCAAGAGAGUUACUGUGGUCCUGGGCACAAAAAAACAAGACGAUCGGGGACCUUUUACAGAUUCUCCAAGAGAUGGGACAUCAUCGAGCUAUUCAUCUAAUCACAAAGCACGGAGCAGGCUUGACUACUUUAGAGGCCAGUUAUGAGGAGCUUGGAUUUCCAAACAUAUCACCAAAGGGAGCAACCCGUGUUAUGGCAGAUAACGCUAUUAUUCCUGAAUGUAAUAAAAAAGGACUAUUACUAAAACCUUCCAUUAGCUUCCAGAAUAUCAUAGAUGGAACCAAAAAUUUCCAUGAAGACUUCCUAAUCGGUGAAGAGGAGCUUUUUGAGGUUUACAAAGUGAAGAUUCAAAGCCGUACAUAUGCCAUUAAAUUAUUUAAACAGGACAAGAAAAUACAAUAUGAGAAACAUUGGAAAAGAUUUUUAUCUGAACUUGAAGUUUUACUUCUGUUCCAUCAUCCCCACAUACUAGAACUGGCUGCGUAUUUUAUGGAGAUGGAGAAGUUCUGUCUGGUCUAUCCAUACAUGAGCAAUGGAACCCUUUUCGACCGACUACAGUGUGCAGGUAACACAGCCCCACUCUCGUGGGACAUCCGAAUCAGCGUAUUAAUUGGUGUAUCCAAAGCCAUUGGAUAUUUGCACAACAUUCAACCAUGCUCAGUCAUCUGUGGCAGUAUAUCCAGUGCAAACAUACUUUUGGAUGAUCAGUUUCAACCUAAACUGACUAAUUUUGCCAUGGCACACUUCCGACCCCACCUAGAACCUCAGAGUUCUACCAUUAAUAUGACCAGCAGCAGCAGGAAAGAUCUUUGGUACAUGCCAGAAGAGUAUAUCAGACAGGGGAAACUUUCCAUUAAAACCGAUGUCUUCAGCUUUGGAAUUGUAAUCAUGGAAGUUUUGACAGGUUGUAAAGUGGUGUUAGAUGAUCCCAAACAUAUUCAGCUGCGUGAUCUCCUUAUGGAAUUGAUGGAGAAGAGAGGUCUUGAUUCAUGUCUCUCACUUCUAGACAAGAAAAUUGAGCCCUGUCCUCGGAACUUCUCUGCCAGGCUUUUCUCUUUGGCAGGCCAGUGUGCUGCAACUCGGGCAAAGUUAAGACCUUCAAUGAAUGAAGUCCUGAAUGCUCUUGAAAACACUCAAGCCAGCUUAUAUUUUGCAGAAGACCCUCCAACAUCAUUGAAAUCCUUCAGGUGUCCUUCUCCUGUAUUUCUGGAUAAGGUACCAAGCAUUCCAGUGGAAGAUGAUGAAAGCCAGAAUAGUUAUUCAGCACCUCAGGAUAAAGAUUUGAGAAAAGAUAGAACUCAAAACAUCCCUUUUGAGUGCAGUCAGUCUGAGGUCACAUUUCUGGGCUUGGAAAGAAAGACAGGGAGUGAGAGAAGAGAGAAUGCUUGCUAUCCGCCCAGUUCUUGUGAAGAAUGCGGGUCCCCAGAGCACUCAGAUACGUCCCAGGCUGUGGGGAUCACUGAGAUCAGUCUGCACUCUUCUUCAGAAGCAUCAGGCCUGGCUUACAGGAGUAGGCCAAUGGAGAACAAGUGCUCCUCUGUAUUUCUUUUGGAAUGAAGAUGAACAGAACAAAAACAAAUGAAUUUCAUCCGAAGAAGAAAGAGGAAAGCAAGGGUGACUGGGGCAUGUGGAGGAGAGGGCAUCACUGGGGAAGGCAUGAUAUGCACAAGUAAUGCCCAGAGAAUGACAGAUAGCAGACUUGAAUAAUGUAGAUAAUCUGGGGCUGGGAAGGUGGCUCAGUGGUAGAGCGCUUGCCU